AUGUCCAACACGGUCGCGGACAUCAACCUCGUCUCUGAAUUCCUCAGUGACAACCAGCAAGAUCUUUCCCCGGUCGACUGCAUCGUUAUCUGUGCAUCAGCAGUUCUCCACAGUGCCGAAGUCCUCUUCAACACUCUCCAGCACCAAUCCCUCACCAAAGCCCUGGUGCUCUGCGGGGGAAUCGGUCACUCAACCCAGCUACUCUAUGAUGCCGUGAAAGCACACCCUAUAUUCUCACGCAUUGCCGAUGAAAUCCAAGAUCUCCCAGAGGCAGAAGUCCUAGAAAGAAUCUUAGAUGAGUUCUAUGAUCGAUCUCUCAUCGCCAAAGAAGGAUGUCGUAUUCUUCUAGAGUCCAAAUCUACGAAUUGCGGGCAGAACGCUUCCUUCUGUCGCAAAGUCCUCGAUGAUGCAGGCUUCCAAGCUCCGAAGACGUGCAUUGUCAUUCAAGACCCGACGAUGAUGCUCAGGACUAAAGCUUCGUUCGAAAAAGCAUAUGAAGAUGUACAGUCUCCGGUUUCGAUUGUUAGCUGUCCAAUCUUUGUGCCGCGCAUGCAAUUGUCUCAAGACGGUGCUCUGGAAUAUUGCCCUAUCUCGACGACCUCGGAACUAUGGUCUCAAGAUCGUUUCUUGGAGUUGAUUAUGGGGGAGAUUCCCAGGUUGAGGGAUGAUAAAGAUGGCUAUGGGCCUCGGGGACGAGGAUUUAUUUCUCAUGUCGAUAUUCCAGUUGAUGUGGAAGCUGCUUGGUCUCGAACUCCCCCCAUGUUCCGACAAGCAUUAACAGCCGCCUCGUCGGCGCGCUGCGUCCCCUCAAGCGCAACCGCAUCAGCCUCCAAACUCCCAACCAGCCGCACACCAUGGCACCUUACUACGACACUCCGAACCCCCACCUCCCGCACCUUCACAACAACACCACGAACACGCUUCACAUCAACCGCGCCAACAAAAGACUCCCCCUUCCGCAUGUCAACAACCAAACCGGAAAACACCGCGCCCCCCUCCUUCGACGACGUCUACUACAGCCCCUACCAACCAAAGCGCCAAUGGCCGCCGGAUAUGUCCAAACUCUCCCCAAAGCACCAAUUCCGACUCGAACGGAAGUAUCGUCGGCGCGCAGCGCCUAAGUAUGCACGACCGAAGUUUAUGAAGGCUGUUACUCUGGGACAGUGGGUUGUUAUUGGAUUCGUUGUCAUCUACGCGGUUCUCUUCAUGGAAUGGCAAACCGAGAAUACGCCGUUCCACGGGAUUCGAGAAAGCUUCUUCGAUGGCCUCAAGGCUAUAUUCUCUGCCCCACCAGCUCCUGAGCCUAAGAGGGAUAGGAAGGAGUAA